AUGGGAGCUGAAUUUGCGAGCGGUAUUCGAAUCUGGAGUCUGCGAACGGUGAUCGAAGUUUGGUCUGAAAGCGCGUGGGUAGCAAAUAUGGGUGUUGUAGGCUUGAGAGAGGCUGUGACUUGGCUUGGCUUGUUCUAUUGGCUGGAGGUGCGAACCGAGUUAUGGGGUUAUUCGACCGAGGAGAGCGGUAUGUGUGUGAAAGAUUUGCUGAGCAUCAAGUACGAGGGAAUCAGGCCGGCCCCGGGCUAUCCCACUCAACCAGACCAUACCGAGAAGAGGACUAUGUGGGAUAUGAUGGAUGCGGAGAGGUUGUGCGGAAUUAAGUUGACCGAAACGUACGCAAUGGAGCCGGCAGCAUCAGUAUGUGGCCUAUACAUUGCGCAUCCGGAUUCGAAAUAUUUCGCGGUGGGGAAAAUCAACAAGGAUCAG